CAUACAGUUCAUAAUUAAUAUAAGCCUCUGUGUGUUCAUUUGGGUCUGAGCAGCUGUGGGACCACAAGGACACAGGAGCUGGGUGGGCACAGGAAAACUUUCAGUUACAACUCACUAAGUCCCAGUGUUAUAUAUCAAAGCUGACUAUAAACACUAAACUUCAAAAAUGAUUUGCAUACUUCCUGUCAUGUUAUAGAGUCUUUCUAAUAGUUUUAUAGUAUAAGUUUGGUGGAAAUCUUUUAGGUGUUUGGUAAGUUAGAUAUAUGCUAAUAGAUCUAUAGAAUUUCUUAAAGACAUGUACUAAUAAGCUUGUAAUAAGUGCUCUUUCCAUCUCUGGCCAACAUAGGGAGAGGACCCACUGCCAUGGCUGCGCAUCUGCAAUGGAUGAUCAUUCAGAAUUGCUCCAGUUUCCUAAUCAAGAGGAAUAAGCAGAUGUAUGGCACUGAACCCAAUAAUCUGAAGGCCCACAACUCCUUCCCCUACAACGGGCUGAUUCACCACAAGACUGUGGGAGUGGAGCCCAUGGCUGAUGGCAAAGGGGUUGUGGUGGUCAUGAAACACAGAUCGGGUCAGUGAAAACCAGCCACUUCUUAUGUGAGGACCACUAUCAACAAGAAUGCAUGGGCCACCCUCAGCAGAAUCAGGCACGUGAUCUGAAAGAACAAGAACCCACGGAUCUGCAAAUAGUGGCCAUCCACAGGGCCAGUGCCAUCUUGUGAAGCUAGAAGCCUAUGGUGGUGAAGAGGAAGCAGAGCCAUCCCACCAAGAGCUCCUGAAUAAAGAGUCCACUGACUUUUUUAAAGCUUGAAAUAAGUAAAGAAAUAUAUAAGUAUAUUUGCUAUUCUGUCUUAUUAGAAAAUGUUAAAUCUUUUCUAAGUAUUAAGAGAUUUAUAUAAGAAGUAAAUAUAUAAGUAUAUUUGCUAAGGUAGUCCUAUAGAGUUUCUUUAAGAAUAUUAGCUUGUAAGAAGAAGUAUAAAUAAGUAUAUGUUGAUUUGUUAUAUGUGAGUGUGUAAAAAAGUGUAAAAGUUGAAUAUGAGUCUAUGCUUAAUGUAUGCGAUGAAGGAACCUGAGACAUAGAAGGAAAUGUCCUAGCAGACUGCAAGCUAGUAGUCUGAGUGGUUUCAAAAGCUCCAGAAACUGCUAAGAAGAUAAGAAUGGCAGAUGUCAGGACCAGUAGAACAACCACAGACAGGCAUCCACAACAGAGACCCAUUGGAAAAACCAAUGCAACACAGAAAAUCCCAAGCUUGCAGCAAAAUUGGUGCAGGUUAAAAUGUUACUGUAACUAAAAAUAUCUCUGACUUGAGAAUGAAAUUUGAAGAGAUGCUUGUUUGAACUAAAAUUGUCACCUGCAAAAAAAGGUUUUGGUUGUAAAUUUUUUUUUCAUAUUUGGAAGUAAAAGUCUAUGACCAAAAUUUAUUUUUUGGAACUUUUUGAACUUAUAAAAAGAGAUAAAACUACAAAAAGGUUUUGGUUAUGGAUUUAUUCAUAUUUGGAAGGCUAGUGCCAGAAUUUAUUAUUUGAAUCUUAGGUCUUAAGAAAUUAAAUGGACAAUAGGGAUUUUAUUCAAUGGGAGCAUUUUGAAUUUACUUAUGGUGAUGACCUAGGAACUGUUUUAUGGAAUUGUUUGUGUUAAAAAUGGAACUGUUUAAAUGAAUUUUAUUGUUUCUACCUAG